AUGGGGGGAUGUUUUUCUGAUGUGAAAGGAGGGCAACAAGCUGUCGGAGGAGGUGGAAUUGUGGGCCACCUGGGGGCCCAGGGUUUUGGUGGUGCUGGAAGCGCAGCCGGGGCCGCCGCCUCCGGGCACAAUGAUGCUGUGGAAUUUUUCUUCCAGACUAAAGGUGUCCAAGCCCUUUACACGAAACUCGAGUUGUCUGUGUCAGCUUCAAAGUUACGUGAUCGUGAUAUUAUCUCAAAGAGCGAUCCAAUGGCUGUGGUUUAUGCAAAGAAAAGGAAUGGAACCCUUGAAGAACUUGGUCGAACAGAAGUGAUUAUGAAUAAUCUGGAACCUACUUGGAUUCAAAAAAUCAGUGUCAAUUAUCAAUUUGAGAUUGUUCAGCCAUUGAUCUUUCAUGUUUAUGACGUUGAUUCGCAAUACUACAAUCUACCUGUGAAGAACUUGAAGCUGAAGGAUCAAGAUUUUCUUGGUGAAGCUAGUUGUGUUCUCUCUGAGAUUGUUACUAAAAGAAACAGAACUUUGACCUUGAAUCUUCACAAUCGAGAUGGUCGUGGCUUGAAAAGCUUGGGUACUCUUACUGUCCAAGCAGAGGAAACUGUAGCUUCAAGGAAUGCAGUGGAGAUGACCUUUCGUUGUCAUCAUCUUGAUAACAAGGAUCUGUUUUCUAAAAGUGAUCCUUUUCUUAGAAUCUCUAGGAUUGCUGAGAGUGGGGGUUCUAUUCCAAUUUGCAAGACAGAAGUCAUAAACAACAACUUGAAUCCAGUGUGGAAACCGCUAUGUCUAACCAUGCAGCAAUACAUAAGCAAGGAUAACCCGUUGAUAAUCGAAUGUUUUGAUUUCAACAGCAGUGGCAAUCAUGUUCUCAUUGGGAAACUACAAAAAACAGUGGCAGAGCUGGAACACCUUCACCAAACUAGAUCUGGAGUAAAUCUUGUUUCACCCCCAUCUCAUUUACGGCGAGUUGAAAAGAUUACCGAAGGUCAGCUCUUUGUGGAUGGGUAUGUUAAGAAGCAACUAUACAGUUUCCUUGAUUACAUUUCGAGUGGGUUUGAGCUUAAUUUCAUGGUUGCAGUUGACUUUACUGCUUCAAAUGGAAAUCCUCAUAAUUUGGACUCCUUGCAUUAUAUUGAUCCUUCAGGGCGCCUGAAUGCUUACCAGCAGGCUAUAAUGGAUGCUGGGGAAGUUGUACAGUUUUAUGACUCUGAUAGACGCUUUCCAGCUUGGGGUUUUGGUGGAAAAACAUUUGGUGGUUCAGUGUCCCAUUGUUUCAACUUGAACAGAAGCCCUACUGACUCUGAGGUUACAGGUAUAGAAGGCAUUAUGGCUGCUUAUUCAAGUACACUGUAUAAUGUCACCCUUUCUGGGCCCACAUUGUUUGGUCCAGUUAUUAACAGGGCCGCAGAAAUUGCUGGUGGCUCCCUCUCUGUCAACCAGAACAAGUAUUUCAUCUUGCUAAUUAUAACGGAUGGAGUCAUAAGUGACAUCCAAGAAACUAAAGACGCUUUGGUCAAGGCAUCUGACCUGCCACUUUCCAUCCUAAUUGUUGGAGUUGGCGGAGCAGAUUUUACUCAAAUGGAGGUCCUUGAUGCUGAUGAUGGACAUCGAUUAGAGAGUUCAACUGGAAGGGUAGCUACGCGUGACAUAGUUCAGUUUGUUCCUAUGCGUGAAGUACAUCGUGGAGAGAUAUCAAUUGUUCAGGUUCUCUUGGAAGAACUACCCGGACAGUUCCUGAGUUACAUGCGUAGCAGGAAUAUCAGACCUCACUUCCCUGAUGUGGUUCAUGCUUCAGGCCAGGGAACCCUUUAUGGGGUUUGAACUACAAAAAAUGCUCAAAAGUUGCUUAACAUCUAAUCUUCUAACAGAAGUUGCAGAAUAUAAAUAUAGGGAGAAAUAGCAUAGCUAAGACGAAGAUCUUUGUUUUGGUGGAAGAAAUAUGUCAUUCUUUGAUUCUGUUGGUUUUCCUGGCGUACAAAAGAGUAGGUAGUAGAGUAUGGAUGUUUGUCCCCAUCCAGAUUGUUUACAUGCAAGUGCAUUUUCUAAUAGCAUAGACCUUUCUACAUUGUUUAUUGGUUCGAGACAUUUGAAAUAUGAACUAGUAAAGAACUUAAAAUACUGCUGGGAAAGGUGUUGAAAUUUGAGGCCUGGAGCUAGAUCAUU